AUGCGGGUUCUACUAGCAGUGGUCCCUCUGCUUAGCAGGCUUACAACCCUUGGGACGGCUCAAGUCGUCACCCCAGCAAUCAUUACCACCGAUGGGGGAAAGAACCUUACUGACGCCAAUGGACUUGCUAAGACACCCCCUAUGGGCUGGUCAUCUUGGAUUCAGUUCGGAGAAGAUAUCAAUGAACAGCUGAUCAGAGACACCAUUGAUGCACUAGAAUCUACAGGUCUUCGAGAUGUUGGGUUCAAGUUCGUCAACCUGGAUGAUGGUUGGCAGGCGCACAAGGGUGACCGAAGCCAACACCCCUUGACAUACGAUCCUGUCAAAUUUCCCAAUGGCAUCAAGGCCGUAGCCGAUUAUGCUCACUCAAAGGGCUUCAAAAUGGGCAUCUACUCUGGGCCGGGUGGGACCACGUGUGCUGGCUACACUGGUAGCCAAGGACAUGAGACUACAGACGCCCAAAUGUUUGCAAGCUGGGGCAUUGAUCAUCUGAAGUACGAUGCCUGUUGCGCAUUUGAGAAUGCCUCAAUUCCCGAAGUUCAAAACGUAUUUCGUACCAUGUCUCAGGCACUACUCAAUACCAGCCAUCCGAUCGUGUACCAUACCUGCCAUUGCGGAUGGGCAGAUAUAUGGCAGUGGGCGGCUUACCUCGGUGCCAAUCACUGGCGGAUAGGACAAGACAUCUCAGACGACUUCAAUUAUCCAGGGAACCGGGAGAAAUACUAUUUUGAUGUUUUGGAUAUGAUUGAUCGUGGAAAUGAACUUACGGCCUAUGCCGGACCAGGACACUUUAAUGACUUCGAUAUGCUUAUUAUUGGCUUGAAUGGGAAGAGCAUCGAACUUGUUGGUACAGGCUGUUCCAAUGUUGAGUACCGCACCCACUUCAGCAUGUGGUCAAUAUUGUCGUCGCCGCUGCUGAUCGGCGCUGACGUGAGAAAUCUUGACAAUGCUUCCCUGGAAACCCUGUUGAACGCAGACAUUAUAGCUUUGAACCAGGACCCAGCCGGUAACCAAGCUCAACUUGUGCGGGACAUUGCCAAUGUCCAGGUGUACGCCAAAGAACUCGACGAUGGCAGUUAUGGAGUUGCUCUGUUGAAUCGUGGUGGACAAACGGCGGAUAUCACUUUCGGAGUGCGCAGGGACCUUGUUAUUGAAUGGGACCGUUUUUACCUGAGGGACUUAUGGGAAUCGAAAGGAAAUGCGUCCGACUAUACCUUCUACAACAUCCCUUUUUUACGGCAGAGGUCAUGCCGCAUGAAGCGAAGGUCUACAAAAUAUGGCAACCCCCUGAAGAUGUUGAUGAUAGCCAAAAGCUCCGUUUUCGCACCCGACCCUAUUCCCGCAAUGAACCACUAUCCUCAAGCCUGGGGUCGACCCAGAGACGAUGUCUACGGCCCCUACGACCAUUCCCAUCUCAAAACCUCGAUGCCGACAACCCAUACCCAGUCUCCUGCCGUAACAGGAACAUCGGUGUUGGGUGUCAAGUUCAAGGAUGGUGUUGUCAUUGCCGCAGACAAUCUAGCUUCAUAUGGAUCUCUUGCUCGAUUCACAGAUGUUAAGCGUCUACGGACAUUCCCCCCAAACACUGUCAUCGGCUUCGGCGGCGACGUCUCCGACAUGCAAUACCUUGACCGAUUACUACAAUCACUAGACAUUCGCGAGAACUAUCUUUCCUCGAGCGAACACACUCUCAACGCAAAGAACCUGCACACAUACCUCUCCAAAGUCAUGUACAAGAGAAGGAGCGAGUUCAACCCUCUGUGGAACAUGAUGUUGGUUGCUGGUUUGGACGACGACGACAAACCAUUUCUCGCCAGCGUUGACCUACUAGGCACCACCUUCUCGAGCCCGACGCUGGCGACUGGAUUCGGCGCGCAUUUGGCCCAGCCUCUCCUCCGGAAGCUCAUGCCUAAUGACGAGGAAAGUGUAAAGGACGUUACGAAAGAGAUGGCCGUUGAGGCAGUCAAGGCCAGUAUGAAAGUGCUGUUCUACCGAGAUGCUCGAAGCAUGGACAAGUACAGCAUCGCAGUGGUGACGAAGGACGGCGUGGAGCUCAAGGAGGAUGAAAAGCUAGAGAAUCAGAGCUGGGGUUUUGCUGAUCAAAUCCGCGGCUAUGGUACGCAGACGGCAUAG